GUCUCUUUUCCUUUCCCCACUAUGAAACUAUCUAUCAUCACAACUAUCGUUGCUGCCAUUUUGGCUGUAUCUCCCACCGAAGCUCUUUCUAGAAUCCCAGUUAAGAAGAUCAAAGAGCAACCUACUGAGAGACUCGCACGUUAUGCACACACCGGUGAAUACUUGACUCAAAAGUACCUGGGGGCUGCUCAGCAACGAAAGAAUCCCGAUCUUCCCUUUCAAAUUCAAUCCAAUGGCUCAGUACACCAUGGUGUCCCGCUUUCUAACUAUAUGAAUGCUCAGUACUACGGAGAAAUCGAGAUUGGUACCCCAGGCCAAGCGUUUUCCGUCGUCCUGGACACUGGUAGCUCCAACUUAUGGGUGCCUUCGACCCAUUGCAACUCAAUUGCUUGUUUUUUGCACAGACGCUACGACUCUACAAAGUCUAGUACUUGGAAGGAAAACGGUACCGAAUUCGCUAUACAGUAUGGCACCGGCAGUUUGGAAGGUUUCAUUAGCAAUGAUGUUCUAAAGAUCGGCGACUUAAAGGUCACUCACCAAGAUUUCGCUGAAUCUACCAAAGAACCCGGCUUCACAUUCGCCCUUGGUCGGUUUGAUGGUAUUCUUGGUCUUGGCUAUGACCGAAUUUCCGUAAAGGGAGUUGUACCACCGUUUUACAACAUUAUCAAUAAGGAACUUGUCGAUGAACCACUCUUUUCUUUCUGGUUGAACGAUGCAGCUGGUGGAGAACAAGAGGAUGGCGGCGAAAUGAUCAUUGGAGGAGUGGAUAAGAAGCACUACACCGGAGAAAUUCAUUGGUCUGAUGUUCGUCGCAAGGGUUAUUGGGAAAUCGAAUUGGAAGAUAUUAAAUUCGGCGGAGAGUCGAUCGACAUGGACCCUGUUGGCGCUGCUAUUGAUACUGGCUCAUCUUUGAUGGCUAUUCCUACUGAUCUUGCCGAUAUGCUCAAUAAGGAACUUGGUGGCAAGAAGAACUUUGCAGGACAGUACGUUAUUGACUGUAGCACCAUCAAGAAUUUGCCAGAAUUCUGCCUUCAGUUCAAUGGCAAAGACUUCUGCUUGGAUCCUGAAGACUAUAUCCUACAAGUUCAAGACCAAUGUAUUUCUGGAUUUAUGGGUCUAGAUAUCCCGGCACCAGCAGGCCCAUUGUGGAUUGUUGGAGAUGUCUUUUUGCGUAAAUAUCUCUCUAUCUACGAUCUUGGAAAUAACCGGGUUGGUUUAGCAAAAUCUCGUUAAACAUCUUAUAAUGAUGAUUAUUUGAACCACUGCAUGACCAAUGAUUUUUUCCGUACAUGAUGCGAACGAUUGUUUGCGUACAACUGUUAAUACAUAUUUUGUCUAAAACCUUGUUUAUCCAGUGCUUGAUGAG